UGUUGACGGCGCUGCGAUGGCUGCCCGCGGGUGUCGGACCAGCGAAGCCCCCGGCCCCUCUCAGAGCCCGGCCUCCUGACGCCGCCAGUGGGCGGGGCCGCCCGGGCCGCCUCCGCCGCUGUCAUGUAUCCGACGCCGCCGCCGGCGCCGCAUCGGGACUUCAUCUCGGUGACGCUGAGCCUCGGCCGGAGCUACGACGGCAGCAAAAGCUGGCGGCGGCGCUCGUGCUGGAGGAAAUGGAAGCAGCUGUCGAGAUUACAGCGGAAUGUGAUCCUUUUCUUGCUCACGUUUCUGAUGCUCUGUGGACUCGUGUCCUACAUCGGCGUGGCUGACCAGUGGAGAGGUAUCAGCUACACGUGUGCCUUAACGUGAUCUGUGUGUGUCACUGAGGGCCGACCGGGCAGGAGGGUCUCGCAGCCCACCUGCAAGGUCAGCGGGUAGAGCGUCUUAUCCACGUGGCCAGAACACGGUUGUGAGUUUCCCCUUGUGGGGCUGCUUCCUUAGCGUCUGGUGUUAAGUCCCGGCAUCUCCAUCCCCUCUGCCUCGCAGAGAAGUGGAGGUCCUGAGGUCGCAAGCUCGGUCCAGACACACCCCGUGAACUUCCUCACACGUGUUCCCGUGUGUGUGCAAAGGCCCCGGGCAGAGUUCUGGCGAGCAAGUAGAGAAUCCUGGUGAAUUUCUCUGUUACGGUCCUGGCUGGCGUUCAGCAGGAAGGCUGAGGAGCCGCUGCAGGGGCCUCAAGCCAGUGGCCCGCUUGCAACCCUUCGUAGUCCCUGGAAGGGAAGAGGUUAAGGCCAUGUAUUUGCGGGGUGUGGGUUAGGGUUAAGGAUCAGAACCGCCAAGGGCUUUGAAAAAGGUUUGAUUCCCUCAGGCCGUCCUUGGACCUUCUCUGGUCACUGGUGUCCUUUCGUAAGGAGUCACGCCUGCCUGGACGUGCUCUGUGACAGGCUUUGAGUCUCCUCCAGGCUGUGUGGCCUGUUGGGGAUCAAACCC